AUGGUGACCAUCCGGCAAGCCCUGCUUUCUGUGGGGGGCGAGGACGCCGGAUCCAUUUCGCCAACUGUUGCGGCCCUGUCAGAUUUAGGCUUUGACGUAGAUGACGAGGUCGGCGGCGCUUUCCGACUGCUGAAUGCGGAACAGGCAGCAGGCCUCACUGUUCGACAACAGUUGGCUCUAAAAGCCGCCAUCCAAGGGAUCCAUGCUUGGAUACAUAAGCGAAGGGCACACUACCUUAUCUCGACCUUAUUGACAAUUAAUACAAAGACCAUAUGCAGCUUUACAUUACCCUUUCGAACGUUUGCUGCCUCGUCCUCACCCAGCUUCUGCACCAAGCUGCAAUCCGCACGGUUGUUAACGGCAGCGGUCACACCUUCAGAGUGCAGUUCGAAAGGGCAUUCCUGGUUACUAGUUGAUGAUCCCACGUUAACCAAGUCGGCUGGUGCCAGCCUACUGGGCACUGCACAACCUGGGAAAAUUCGCCCUUGCUGUGCAAAGCCUAAAAUUGCCGAGCUUCCUUGUGCAUAUCAAUGUGGUGAUAGCCGGACUUCUGAGACACGGUGGGCAGAUAGCCGUGUGGUUGCGGCACUUCACACAAGCAUCCCACGGGACUUAUACCUGUAG